GUCAGUGUGUGUGUGUAUUGUUUUUUUUUUUUUUUUAUUAGAUUUUUGUAUUUUGUUGUAAAAAUAUAUUAUUACAACAAUGGCUUGUCGAAUAAUUCAAGCAUGCAAAAGUCUGUCAACUCCAAUUUUAUCACGUAAAUUAUUAAACAAAGAAUUGCCAAAUAAUUUUAUCAAAAACACUGGUAUUAUUGCAACAACACCAGGAUGUCAUAAUUUAAUUGAAAAUGCUCGUUUUGCAUCAUUCUUUUGUCGAGUUCCGGCUGCUCAAUUAUGGAAAGGUGCAACACAUGUUAGUAAUGCUGGACGUAAAAGAGGUCGUGGUAAAUCACGUAGAUUACCAAAAAAUUUAGACAAAGGUCAAAUAAUUGGUGUUGGUAAAAAAAAUAUGUUAUUUCCUGGUUUAAAUGCACCAAUAAUAAGAGGAAGAGAAAUGUUAAAAUUAGCUAAACUUCCUGAUGAUCCUGAGCAUUUUAAAAAAAUAUAUGAGCUACGUGAUUCAAUGACAAAACGUAAAAGAAUGAAAUUAACACCAUUAGAACGUGGUUGGUCUGGUGGUAAACCAGCUGGUAGAAGUAUUGGACCACCAGAUCCAGUUGGUGAAGAAACAUUUGAAAGUUUUGAUUCAAGAAUAUUAGAAUAUAAAAUGGUUUGUGUUAUGACUGGUAAUAUGGGUCGUAAACGUAGAUUAGCAACAAUGGUUAUAACUGGUAAUAAAAAUGGUUUAGCUGGUUUUGCACUUGGUAAAGCACCAGAUGGUAGAGCAGCAUUAAAAAUUGCUAAAAAUCGUGCUGCACAAAAAUUAAUUUACAUACCAAGAUACAAAGAUCAUACUGUACUUCAUGAUUUUGUUGGUCAAUUUGGUGAAACUAAAAUAUUUGUAUCUAAAAAACAUGAAGGAUAUGGUCUUGUUUGUCAUCGUGCUAUUAAAACAUGUUGUGAAGUUAUUGGCAUUAAAGAUAUUUAUGCUAAAAUUGAAGGUUCUAAAAAUUUACAAAAAAUUGUUAAAGCAUUUUUCAUUGGUCUUUUACAACAGAAAACUUAUCAACAAUUGGCUGAAGAAAAAGGUCUUCAUUUAGUUGAAUUAAAAAAAGAAAAUGAAGAUUUACCAAUUGUCAUUGCAUCACCAUCAGUUGUAAGAAAACCAGAAGAAAUAAGUUCAUCUGAAAUAAUGGAUUUUAAACAACAUGUUAUGGAUGGUAAAAUAAUAUUAAAAAAGAAAAAACUUGAGCCAUUUUAUACUAAAAAAUAUUCAUGGAUUGUUAGACUUCGUAAAACAGCAUAUUUAAGAAAUAAAGAUGAUGUUAGAAUACGUAUGCUUGCUGAACAUGGUGAACUUCGUAGUUUUUAUACUGAUCAAUAUCCAGAAUGUAAACCAGUUAAAUGGGAUGUCAGUAUGAAAAAAAGAGAAACUGAUUGUGAAUAAUUUUUUUAUUCAGCAAAUAUUUCAAAUAAUUGUAAUUAACGAUAAUAAUAAAUAUUAAAAAUAAAUAAUUAUUUGUUGAAAUAAUUAAUUAAUACUGUA